AUGUCCACUACGCCACCAUCUACGCUGCCAGAGCUCCCGGGGGGUCUCUUCAAUGCACCCCCCGACAGCGUGCUGGUCGAGGACGCCGACGAGGAGAUCAUGGAGCUGUACAUGAACCUCGAGGCGACGACCGGCCGCGCCGACUCGGGCGGGCUGGGAUACCUGGACGCGACGGCGGCCGAGCUCGAGCUGUCGUUUGAGCUGGCCCCGCCGGCCGUGCAGGCCGACACAGUCAAGCAGGCGCGAGGCAAGCGGGCCAAACCGGCCAAAGCCAUCACGGUCGACUUGACGGUCGUGCAGGACCCAAGCGCGCUGCGCGCAAGAGUGGGCGAUACUGGCAGUGUUCUCUGGCGUAGCAGCCUGUACCUCGCCCGGCACCUGCUGACCCAGCACCACUUCCCGCCCGCGUCGCCGCUGCUGGACGCGACGCGCCUCGCCUCCGCCCGCGUCCUCGAGCUGGGCGCUGGCACGGGCGUGCUCGCGGCCCUCAUGGCCCCGCUGUGUGGCGACUAUGUGGCCACGGACCGCGCCGAGAACCUGCGUCUCGUACAGCGUAACGUGUCCGCCAACGCGCCCAAGGCCGGUAGCUCGUCCUCGUCCUCCUCCAAGGCCGCAACCGUCGCGCCGCUGGACUGGGCCGAGGUCGCCGCCGAGGCCGGGCGCAAGGCCAAGUCUGGGGCUCGGUACGUCCCGCCCGAGAGCGACACGGACCUCGUCAUCGCCGUGGACUGUAUCUACAACGAGAGCCUAGUCGCGCCGCUGGUGGACACGCUGGCGGCCCUGUGCGCGCGCGGCGCGCUGGCGUGGGUCGUGGUGGAGCUGCGGUCGUCGGAUGUGCACCCUGCGGGGUUCACGGUAGUGCGGCUGGGGGAGAGCGCGAUGGGUGCGUGGGAGGGCGAGCGCGGCCGGUGGGUCGGGUGGGUGGGGUGGUGUCCGCCCGUGGAUGAGCGCGAGUGA